AUGGAUCAGAAGAUUAUUGAAACAAGUUUACGACAUGUGAAGAAUAACAGCUUGCCUAACCACCCUAGUCCUCAAACAGUUUUAAGUGAACAUGAAGAACAACAAUUAGUUGGAUAUUAUAAAAAUAUACAAAAAUUGGGAUUUGGACUUACACGAACAGGAUUAAACUACUGUGUGAUGAGUAUUGUGAAUGCUGACAAUCGAAGUUAUCCUUUUAAAAACAACCAUCCUGAUCUAUCAUUUCAUGUGUCUCAAGCCCUAUCAGAAGCAUAUGCACAAAAGGCAAAUUCAAUUAUUGUAAAAGACCAUUUUGAUAAGUUUCAAAAAAUAAUUCAAGAAAAUUCUCUUACUGCCAAACGAAUUUGGAAUAUAAAUGAAACUGAGUUUGUCAUAUCUCCUAAAGUUCAAAAAGUUCUUGCUACCAAAGGUUUCUGUCAAGUUCAUAAGGUAGCACAUAGCAAUUUCCACAAACACAUCUCUGUCGCUCCAAUGAUUUCAGCUGCCAGUGGUUACAUCCCUUCAUUACUUAUUUAUAAAGGCAUUCGUGCGAUUCCAGAUUUGUUAAAUGGUGCUUCAGUUGGCACUGUUAUGGGAUUUACAGAUUUAGGAUAUAUGCAUGAAAGUCUUUUUCAAAUGUAUAUUGAACACUUUAUCAAUUCCAUUCCACCUAGUUGGUCCAUUCUUUUAAUACUAGAUGAACAUAAAAGUCAUCCAUCUGAGCUACCCUUUGCUAAACUUAAAGCCAAAUACGAUAAAGGUUGUGACAAACUCCACAGUGAAACUAGCAAGCUAGUAACUAAAUAUACAUUUGCGAAAAUGCUUAGGCCAGUAUUUAUCAAGACUUACACUUCUAAAGCAAUUACCAAUGCUUAUAGAGUUACAGGAAUUUGGCCUUUUAACCCUAAUGCUAUAAAUCCAGAUUGUUUUAGUCCUUCUCUAUCAACUAAACGAAUCAUAAAUUCAUCUUCAUUUGCACGAGUUGAAAAAAUUAAUAAUUUAUCUUCAUUCGCACAAGUUGAACAAGAACCAUCUGCACAACUUGAACAAGAACCAUCCACACAAGUUGAACAAGAACCAUCCACACAAGUUGAACAAGAACUAUCUGCACAAGUUGAACAAGAGCUGUCUUUACCAAAUACUAUAUCAUUCUCUCAACUAAAUAAUCAUUCUAAUAUUUUAUUCCAUUCAAAUAAUUCUGCUUGGGUUAGCAUUGUUAGUAUAAAUGAACUUUUAGCAGAAAUUAAUUCUUUAAAAAAAGAAAAUAAGACCAUAAAACGAUCUUACCAAUCAACACAAGAGAAACUUAAGACAUUUAAAAAUUCUGGUACUUGCUUAUUAAAAAUGUCUCUUAAAUAUCCCUCUUCAAGAGUUCCAAUACAAGUCAAAUCAGAGUCUGUUCAGCCAAAAAAAAGAAAAAACUUCCUGUUCGCUCGACUUCUCACUAAUGAAGAAAGUCUACAACAAUUAAAAGAAAUGAACGAGUCAGCAAAAAAGAAGUUAGAAAAUGUAAAGCAAAAAAAAAAAGUGGCAGCCCAGAAACAAGCUAAUCAGGAAGCUAAAAAAGCACAAAAAAAAUUGAACUAG